AUGAGUAAAGAUCGCACGUCGCCUAUGCCGCUGUUGAAAACGUGUCAGACAUGUUUUCAUCUCAAAAUUCGGUGUGAGAAGACGCAGGAUUCUGACUUGUGCGACCGGUGUUUACGGCUGGGUAAGACGUGUGUUUUUAAUCAGGCGAGGAGACGACAGAAUGUGAACCGUCAACGGGAGAGACAGGGCGCGAAAAGUGCUUCAAGAUCACCAGGAAAUCCACAAGCUCAGACCGUCGAGGGGAACCAAGAUAUUCUCAAUAAGGAUGUGUCGCUUGACCCAUUUGAACAAGGUCUUUUGGAUUUUGAGACGGGACGACAGCUUCUACACAUCUUCAGGUCGCGGUUGAUACCGUACUUCCCAUUUGUUCUUUUUCCCAUUGAAAUUUCCAUCGAAGAGCUCAACCAGGAACAUCCCUGUGCUUGUCUAGCGAUGCUAGUCGCUGCUUCAUUCGCUGAUGUCGGCGUCCAAGUGGCACUGGGAAAUUUGUUCAAGCAAAUAGUUGCAGUUCGGAUGGUCGAUGGUGAUUUCAAUCAGUUGGAUCUGCUGCAAGGACUGCUUAUACAUGUAGCAUGGGCCCAUUACCAACCUAAGCCCAAAAGAUACAUCCAGCAUCUUCAUCUUGUUACAAGUAUCAUCAGCGAUCUACGUCUUGACAGACCCAGGAAGCCAAAGCUCUGGAGUGCCGAGGGGGGCAAAUAUCAGAAUCAGCCGGAGUGGCAGCCUGAUGAGCUGCGAGCCCUUGCUGGCGCAUACUACCUAGCUUCAAGUUCUUCCAUUAUUCUACAGAAGUCACGCCAAGUUUUCAACACGGCCUAUCUCUUGGCAUGCUGCGAACACCUUGCUUCCUUGAAUCAGUAUUCUACGGACAGGUUCUUGCCUUAUAUAAUCCAAACACAGACUCUCAUUGAGAAUAUUGAAGACCUUGUUUGCAAAACUGCUCCGACUGAUAAUGGCUUGCAAUUCUUCGCAGAGUGUCAAGAUAUUACACAGAAAUGUGUUAUGAUCAAAUCAACAUUACCAUUUCCCCUCAGCGAAAGUCCGCCGCUACUUCUUCAAAUACAUAUUCUGGAACUCAUGCUCAGUCAAUCUUCACCACGAGGAACAGCUUUUGGCCUCGAUAAGUUUCAAAACCCAUUCGAAGAUGAGACUACGCUGAACGAAUGGCUGUCUACAAGUAUGUCAGCUACUCGAUCUUUGAUCGGUGUGAUUCUAGUUAUGCCUCAAGGAGAAGAAGUAGCUAUGUCCAACAUGGGCUGGAUCAUGAUGAACUGCGCCCUCAACCUAGCCGUCCGUCUAGACCUCAUAGCUGCUCGCGGCAGUGUAUCCGGCUUCACUCAACAUCUUCGUCGCUUCCUAGACAUGAAGCAUACCCUUCGUCAACUUGUGCUUAGAUUCCAAGGCGUGCCUGGACCAGAUGCUCCACCAGACCAUCCUUUCCAUAGCAUCGUAAAACGUAUACGACGCUUGGAAAACUGGUAUCUGUCGCAAAUAUCACAGCAAACUGCUGAGUCGACCUCAUCGAUAAGCCCAUCUUCUGGUUCUCAACCUUCGAUAUCAAUCAGCGAUCAUUCGGGUGGUAUGCCAGUCGGCGUGCCUCUGCCGUACCAGAAUACUGGGUCAUGGAAUAUGAGUGGGUCUGAAUGGUAUCAAAAUCCAGACUUGGACAUAAGCACUUUUCUUUUCGCAGAUCCGAUUGAUUUUCCAAUUAACUUCGGAUGGGGGAGUUAG